AUGGCUAUGUCGAAAAGAUCAUUAGCACCUUGCACGUAUGGAACACAAUGCAAUGGAGGAGAGGAUUGUAAGUUAGCACAUCCUGAACCAGAGGCCAACAUACCACCUAUUGUGCCGCCAUCCAGACACAGUAAUAAUCAACCUAGUGAUUCAUCGAUGCCUCUAUCCCAUCAUUCGCGCUCACCACAUGGUACUCGGCCAGAUAAAACUAUCUCUCGUCCACCAUUUCAAAAACGGCGUCCGGCUAGCUCUAUUCGUCCUAUAAUACCAACAGCAAAUGUCAUUCCGAUAGCUUCUUUGGUUUCGAAUCUUGAAACACCUGAUUUUAUUGGUCGAACGAAUACACCAUCAAACCGUCGCUAUCGUUCGAACUCUCGAACACAGUCACGGGUAACUAUACCUGAUGUGCGUGAAGAACAUGAAUUACUUAUCGCUGAACAAGAUUCAUUGCUUGAUCAACUUGCCGAAAGUGAUGAUACGAGACUAGUGAAAACAACUUUUAUAGAACAUCUGAAGGGUCAAUUAGAAACAUUCAACACAAUUAUAUCGAGUCUUCACACGUUUAAUCCGUCGACUCUGCUAGAAGCUCAGAAUCAUUUGAACAUACUGAAUCGUGAAAUCAAACGACUUAAAACUCAUUUACCCAUUUAUGCACGACGUCAAGAUUUGCUUGAUGCAAUCAUGUUCAAUCGUGUGGUAAUUCUAAAAGGCGAUACAGGAUCUGGUAAAAGCACACAAUUGGUUCAAUAUUUAGUAGAUGCCGGCUUAGCCGAUCGAGGACAAAUUGUCUGUACUCAACCUCGACGUUUAGCAGCAUCUACAUUGGCUUCCAGAGUAGCCGAAGAAUUCGGAUGUAAACUAGGCGAAGAGUUGAUCAUCAUGUCUGCGACUUUGGAUGAAGAGCUGUUACAAGACUAUUACCGAGAUGCUCAUUUGAUCAAAGUUGGCGGUCGAACAUUUCCAAUCGAAGAUGAAUAUGCUGUGGAAGAUCCUGAGGAUUAUGUUGAUGCGGCCAUUGCCAAAACUCUUCAAAUUCAUGAGAGUAAAGAGUUAGGCGACAUUCUUGUCUUUCUUACUGGACCCGAAGAAAUCAAUCGAGCCAUCGAUGAAGUUAGUAAAAAAAUUAAAUCGGAAAAUUUAGCUUGUAUUCUACCGUUACAUGGCAAACUGAAUGAGGAUGAAACAGAAGAAGUGUUUGCGCCAACUGAUAGCCGACGACGUAAAAUCAUCUUUGCAACAAAUGUAGCUGAAACAUCAAUUACCAUUGACGGUAUUCAACAUGUCAUCGACUCAGGUAUGGUCAAAGAAGUUAUGUGGGAUUCAAAACGAAAUAUGCGAGCACUCAAAAUUGGCUAUACAACGCAAAGUUCAGUCAAGCAACGACGUGGCAGAGCUGGACGCACAUCUGUAGGAAAGUGUUACCAUUUGUAUACACUGGAUACUUACGAAUCAUUAGAUAUCUGUCCUCGAGCUGAAAUACUUUGUAUUCAACCAAGUUUAGCUGUACUCAAAUUGAAACAUCUCGGUAUACACGAUGUUUCAAAAUUUGCAUGGUUGCAAUCGCCUUCAAGUCAGAGCCUUCAAGAUGCUGUUGAUAAUUUAACUUGGCUUGGCGCUCUCAAUUCCAAAACAGGAAAGUUAACCGAUGUGGGCCAAAUUAUGGCAAAGCUUGGUCUUGAGCCUAUGCUCUCGGCUAUGAUUUUAGCUGGAAAAAGGCAAAAUUGUCUCAGCUAUGUACUAGCUCUUGCUGGCAUGUUAAGCGUUGUGCAAAAUGUGUGGUGGCGUGCCAAAGAUGAAGUAGGGAAACAAUUGAGUCAUGAGAAACGAGCUUUGUUUGCUCAUGAUUCAGGUAUCGGUGGCGAUCACAUUGCACUGUUACGUAUUUUUCUUGAAUGGAAGGCUUUAGGCGACUUUAAAAGAACUAAUAGUACGUGGUGUCGCGAGAAUAUGAUCAACGGAAAAGCAAUGAAAAUGGCUGAUAAUUUUAUUCGCGAAGUGGCCUGUCAAAUUGAUCCUAACUUUAAAUUUGAUCUUGUCCAGUUGAAUGAUAAUCUAAUUGAAAAAAUCGUUCGCUGUGUAUGUGCCGGAUACUUUCAACAUUUGGCCAUAUCGAAUGGUUACCUUCGUGCUGGAUAUCAACUGGUGAGCAGCUCCACUGGAGUCUGCGCAAGAAUACAUCGAUCGUCUACAUUGACAUUAGCUGAAGAAGCACCUAAAUUUAUAUUAUAUCACGAUAUACUCAUUAUUAAUGAAACGAACUUUUUAACUGCUGCUUGUCCGAUCGAUCUCGAAUGGCUUGAAAAGUCGUGGUUAGCCUCUUUGCCAAGAUCACCUGCACAAUGUGUACUCAACUGUUUUGUCAUAAACAAUCUCGGACCAGCACUCUUACUUUCGGUUGCCGGAAAAAAAUGUCGAAAUAUACCAUCACUUGAAGAAUCAUUGGGUGUCUUCGUCGAUAUCGAUUAUGAACAGUCACAACUUACGAUAUGGGGUCAAGAAGAUAAACUUCAAAGAGCUAAAUUUCACUUAGAACGAGUCUUAGAUCGAGAACGGGAAAAACUUCGUACUGAAGUUGAAGAAUUUGAAAUUAUUGGUACAACUCGAAUUUUGCUCGGUGCAGGUGCUCGUAUUCAUUUAGCUUUGGUUGAGGACGAAUAUGUCAAAGUUUUACUAACUCAUCUGUCGACAAAUGUCACUGAAGAACAAAUUCGCGAAAGAUGUCAAGUAUACGGCAUAGUUCGAAGUAUAACGAUGCUUCCAACAAACCAGAGUGGUAGCUCGGCUAUAGUCACCUAUGACACAUGCAAAAGUGCUCGAACAGCAGUGGCUCAACUAUCACAUGAGAUAUGGAACGGCAGUACAAUACGUGUAAAUCCUAGUCAUAUACGCACAUCGGUCCAUACUGGCAGACAAAAUUGCAAGUUGAAAGCUUACUGGUUUAUGACAGAAUCUCAAUGUACGGGACGUGUAGAAUUUAGUCAAUUAGAGGCAGCUCAGAAAGCCACAGCAAUCCGACGAUAA